AUGACUGGUGGACAAACUUCGCGGGGAGAGGGCGCCAGAGAACACGACAGCCUAUUAUCUUCAUCUCGCCCACGCACAGCCAUUGGAGUUGCUCCCUCAGCCGGUACGCAUCCUGACUGCAUCCUACCCUGUCGUAUUCGUCCGGAGAAUAAAACGAAUGAUGAUGUAUCCGGUUCUCAAGCUCCGCUCCUCCAACGCACUCCGCCAACCGGUUCCGAACCACCCAGUUCCCAACGCAGCAACAAGGGGAGCCGUGUGCAAUCAUGGCGCCGCAAGCUCUGGCAAUCCUGGCUCAUGAGCAAGGGGAUGCUCAUGGUAAUGCUGGCUCAGUUCUUCGGUGCGUCAAUGAACGUCAUGACCCGCUCUCUUCAAUUGGAUGGGAGUCAUGGGAAAGGAAUGCAUCCGUUUCAGAUCCUCUUCGCGCGCAUGGGCAUCACCGUCCUCCUCAGCCUGCUCUACAUGCUCUACGCCCGCGUCCCACACCCCUUUGGCGCCCGCUCGAUCCGGUCCCUCCUCUUCCUCCGCGGCAUCAGUGGCUUCUUCGGCGUCUUCGGCCUGUACAGCUCGCUGCUCCACCUCGCCCUCUCGGAAGCCACCGUGCUCACCUUCCUGGCCCCCAUCGGCUGCUGCUACGUCUGCUCGCUAACCAUGCCCAACGAGACCUUCACGCGCAGACAGCAGGUGGCGGCGCUAGCGUCGCUGCUGGGCGUUGUGCUAAUUGCACGACCGGCGUCGUUGUUUCGUGGCUCUUCGCACGUAUCCGCAUCGUCUUCUUCAUGGUCAUCGACGCACGUUGAAGCAAGCUCAGCAGACUCAGCAGACGACGCCUACAAACGCACCCUCGGCAUUCUCGCCGCACUCAUAGGCGUCAUGGGCGCGACGGCCGCGUACACCUCCAUCCGCGUCAUCGGCAAGCGCGCCCACCCGCUCGUCAGCGUCACGUAUUUCAGCGGCCUAACCACGAUCAUCUCGCUGCUGGCCGUCGCGCUGAUACCCGGCAUCAGCUUCCGCCUUCCCGGCAACAUGGCGGAGCUUCUGCUCCUGCUGGGCCUUGGGGCGUGCGGGUUUCUGUUGCAAUUUUUGCUAACGGCGGGGUUGUCGUACGUGCCUCCCCCGUCGGCUACGGGUGCGGACGUAGAGCCCCUCCGGAAGGGGUGGGGGGUCAGGUCGGCGAGGGCGACAACCAUGGUGUAUACGCAGAUGCUCUUUGCGGUGUUGUAUGAUAAGGUGGUGUUCAAUGCGACGCUGUCGCCGGUUAGUUUGGCUGGGUCGAUGAUCAUUUUGGCGAGUGCGAUGUACGUUGCUUUGGUGAAGGAGCGGAGGAAAGACGUUGGUUCUGGCGCUGGUGCGGAUGAGUACGCUGUUGUUGAGCGUCAGGGGGUGGGAGGAGAAAACGGGGAUGGGGAAGGCAGUUGGGUUUCACGAGGACAACAGUCCAGACAUGUGCAAUCUUGGAAUAUCGAGGAUGCGAGAUUGGCGGAGGCGGGGGAGGGGACGGGGCUUUUGGCAGGUUAUGUUGAUGAUGACGAUGAUUAUGAUUAUUAUGAUUACGAUUGUGAUUCUGAUAGUGGUAAUGAUAAUGGUGAUGAUGGUUGA